AAGAGCCCUGUGGGCGCGAUGUCUGACAGCAGCGACGACCUACCCCUGUCACGGUUGAACCACCAAACUGUUGUGAGGAAUCGAGCUGAAGGCGUGGUGCAGAUUUCGGACAAGGGGAAGGGAACAAGAAAGAAGAUGCGUAGAGCGUCUUGCCAUGACUCCGGUUCUGACGGGGAGAUAUCUGCGAUGAAACGCAAGAAAAUGAAGAGCGCUGGUAAUCUGCGCAGUGGACACAACGAAUCAGCGGGAAAUAAGAAAGUGAUCAAGCCAAAAGAGCUCAUGCGUGUCCAACGCGUAGAGCAGGGGAUUGCUGCGUUCGAAUGGUGGAAUUCACCGGAUCCGCCGGAAGGUAAGGCCUGGCAGACACUAGAGCACUGUGGCAUGACCUUCGAACCGCAAUACAAACCACACGGUGUUGCGGUGCUCUACGAUGGCGUGCCAAUCUCGCUAACGCCAUACCAAGAAGAACUCGCAACUUUUUAUGCAGCAAUGCCUGAAGACGGACCGCAGCUAAACGUGUCGGGCGGGCAACGAGAGAUAUUUCAGAGGAACUUCUGGGACGACUGGCACAAAGUACUCGGCAAAAGCCACGCGAUCAAGUCCUUUGAUAAAUGCGACUUCUCCGACAUUAGCAAACACCUGGAUCGUCUUAAAUUUGUGAAACGAGCGGCAUCUGAUGCUGAAAAAGUUGUGGCGCGAGAGCUGCGAGAUGAUUGCCAGCUGCGGAGCGGCUAUGCGAUCCUGGAUGAUCAUCUAGAGAAAGUUGGGAAUUUUCGCAUGGAACCACCGUCGCUAUUCCGGGGUCGUGGUAAGCACCCGAAAACAGGCGUCGUUAAGUUACGCGUGGAGCCGGAUCAAGUAUCAAUCAACUGCGGUGCGUCUCGACCGCCGCCUAUUUGCCUUGAGCUGGGCCGAAGUUGGGGUGAGAUUAAGCAUGAUGACACGGUGACUUGGCUUUCAACCUGGCAUGAAAACGUGAUGCAGAGCAAUAAAUAUGUCAUGCUCGCAGCGAAUUCCUCGCUCAAGGGAAAGUCUGACUUUAAAAAAUUCCAAAAAGCGAUGCAAUUAAAAGGCUGCAUUGAACGCGUGCGCCAUGACUACCACAAGAAUCUCAAGUCUAAAGACCGACACCUUAAACAGCAGGCCACAACUAUGUGGCUGAUUGACACUCUUGCUCUCCGUGUUGGCGGUGAAAAGUCUGAAGAAGAGGCAGACACCGUUGGCUGCUGCAGCCUUCGCGUCGAACACUUCACAUUUCAUAAAACUGGGAAAGAUGUCGACCUUGAAUUCCUAGGCAAGGAUUCGAUUCUAUUCAAACAGUCAAUCGAUUUUGCUGGUUUCGAUGAACAUGGCCAACAGGCCUAUGAUAACAUUCGAGAAAUGUGCCGGUCCAAAAAAAAGAACGAGCAGGUCUUCGAGCUCAUCGAGCCGACUUCACUAAAUGCGCAUCUCUCAUCAAUCAUGCCAGGACUCACCGCCAAGGUUUUCCGGACAUACAACGCGUCGGAGACCCUCCAAAACCAAUUACCAGAUGCCGAGCAUGUUAUCGAAAUGAGAUCAAUUGGCGACAAGCUCAUUGCGUACAAUGAAGCAAAUCGUAUCGUUGCAAUUCUCUGCAAUCACCAGCGCACCGUCUCGGCUGCUGCAGCUACAGGCCUUGAAGCACAAGCUGAAAAGCUCGAGCAGACUCAAGAGCAGAAGAUUGCUGCAACCGCUGCGUAUGAGGCCGCUACGAUAAAAAAACGUGAAGCAAAUAAGUCAAAACAGGCUGAAGCUCACCGUUUUUCGAAGCUACCUGAUGAGAAGGAUGUCUCCAGACGCAUUGAUAUCUGGACCGAGAAAAUUAAGAAGCUUGAAAUUGACCUUCGCAAUAAGGAAGAGAACAAAGAAGUCUCUCUUGGCACUUCCAAAGCCAAUUACCUAGACCCUCGCAUCUCGGUCGCCUGGUGCAAACGUUGCGACGUCCCAAUUGAAAAACUUUUUUCCAGACCCUGAAACAGAAGUUUGCCUGGGCUCUCACCGUGGGACCAAGCUGGCGUUUUGAAGCGAUGCCAAUCACGGAUUCUAUAUAGGCGUAUCCCUGGAAUUGGAGGCCUGUAUCUAGCAAAGUCGGACGUCGAGACCUCAGUCACCGGUCAAUAUUGCGGUCCCAGGCCUUGCCUCAUCUUGCAACCUGGGCUCCAACGCGAUCGAGUCAAUACCUGGAUUUCUCUUGCAGCUUUUUGUUUGCGUAUUUAUCAAGGGAUCUCACGCCAUUAGCCAAAUGCUAUUCAUCACUCUCUGCAUUACUCUCUGCGAAUCAUCAGGUCUCAGCCAAUAUUGGCUCUCAAUCAAUUGUACAGUCCCUCUCACUGUUGUUCAGUUCCAAAACUGCUGCGGCUCACAUUCCUCCCAUCCAGCCUGGCUCCAGCUUUGUUGGUCAUGCCGACGGGACAGAAAUCGCAGUGGCUCGCGCCCGUGCCAGAAUACCGUCCGGCGGGGCAGGUCGUCUCCGCAGUCGCUCCCGAAGAUGCCACCAGGUACCCGCCGCUCGACAGUCCGCAAGUCGCGUACCGCCACUCCUCGCAGCGUGUGCACGCAGACGCGCCCAUGCCGCUGUAGGCGCGUUAGACUACGGUCGACCCGGGGGAAGGGCUGGCGGAGCGGGCUGGCGGGUGCGCCCCUCUGUACCCUGUUAGAACCCGAGUAUGCUGGUAUUCAACCCAGCAUAGCCAGCAUAAGGCAGACUUAGCAU